AUGGACAAGGCCUUUAUAGACAACCCAAAUAGAAGGUUCGACAUCUAUAACGUCGGCGAUUUGCUGCACCGAGGCUUCUCCCCGUCGCUUUUACAGGCCAACAGCUUGUAUGACAGCGGGCAAUUCUUGUAUAACGGCGACGCGUUCUACACCCUGAAUAUGACGCAUGGCUCGAUCCUGCCCCCGCUCAUCAACACGUUCGAGGUGUACUCGCUCAUUCGGAUGGAAAACUUUACCGCUGACUCCCAGGAUGCUUAUUCAGUUGAUGAACAGCACCUCCAGCUCCCUGCACUUAAAACAGAUCUUAAUGACAAAAAUCUCAUUAAAUCUGUCUACCAGCGGACUGAAAGGUGGAUUAACCAUAGCAUUCAUGAACAUGGUAUCACUGGAAAACCUGGAUUUGUCACACAACAAUUUGACAGGAGUUUGGUUGGUGUUACAUUUUGUGGCGUGCCACACUUUUCCAGCACCAAGCCGCAGCAGCCUCAUUGUCGAGAUACUGAGGAUUAUGCUAUGUAUGAAGAGGAGACGCCCCUACAUAUUGACAUCAGACGGUUCACCUACGCAGAGCUAAAGCACAUAACAAACGACUUCAAUUCAAUAGUUGGAAAAGGAGGUUUUGGUACUGUUUAUCAUGGCACAAUGGAAAAUGCUGAUGAAGUGGCGGUAAAGGUGCUUAUGGAGACAUCAAUAGCGGAGUCAACGGAUUUCCUCCCUGAGGUGCAAACCUUGUCCAAAGUUCAUCACAAGAAUCUCGUAACUCUACAAGGAUAUUGCCAGAACAAGUGCCUAGCCCUCAUUUAUGACUUCAUGCCCAGAGGAAAUCUUCAACAGCUUUUAAGAGAAGGAGAAGACUACAGUUUGAAUUGGGAACAGCGACUUCAUAUUGCACUUGGUUCUGCACAAGGACUGGAAUAUCUACACGAGUCAUGCACCCCAUCAAUAGUUCACAGAGAUGUCAAGACCGCUAACAUCCUUCUGGACAAGAACCUGGUGGGGAUCAUAGCUGAUUUUGGGCUUUCACGGGCUUUUAACGAUGCGCACACACACAUAUCUACUGUUGCUGCUGGCACUCUUGGCUACCUUGACCCCGAGUACCAUGCAACUUUCCAGCUCACCACCAAGACAGAUGUUUACAGCUUCGGCAUCGUGCUCUUGGAGAUCAUCACUGGCAAGCCCCCGGUGUUGAUGGACCCUCAAACCUACCACCUACCAAAUUGGGUACGCCAAAAGAUUGCCAAAGGCAGUAUCCAAGAUAUCGUGGACAAGAAGCUGUUGGAUCAGUAUGACACCAGUUCCCUGCAGAGUGUGGUGGACCUUGCCAUGAACUGCGUCGAAAGCGCAGCCAUGGACCGUCCUACCAUGACCGAAGUUGUUUCAAGGCUAAAAGUGUUGCUGCCAACGGUUCCAAGUGAAAAGCAGUAUGCUUCUGCGUCCUCUCGAUGUACGAACUCCAUGGAUGCUGAAAUGCGAAGGCAGUUCCAGUUGCUGAUUUCUGAAGAAAGGAACGAGGAGAGCUCCUUCCGGUCUGGUUAUACCGGUGGGAUGCCAGAAUUAAACCCUCUAUCUGGACGUUGAAGGGAAAAUACCAGCUGAGUUGUUGCAUCUGCUUAGUUAAAGUUUGGUAAUUUGCUAUUGUGUUGUCAUUGGUUGUUUAUAAACUACAAUUCAUUCAUUUUAUUUCCAGUUCCCAGUCUUGCUUGUUGUUUGGAUGAGGAGUACUUUUUUGCGCGACACUGGGGUUUAGUUCAAGUAAUUUUGAAAAAGGAAGCAUCUUCUUCCAUGCGAUGAGAACUCGGUGAUCUAUUAACCGGUGCUCGAACAUUAGGGUCUAAACCAAAUCGAAAACAAGUAGUCAGCUUAAACACUGCUACUUUAGAAUUCCAAGUUUUAUCCCCAAUCCCUCUUGCAUGCUGUUGAAUUAGAUUAAAAAUGCGUGCUCACUGUACCAAAUCCUCUAAGCAAUUGUCGAGUUCAUCGACCAUCCCAAAAAUAUAUGUGAUGGGGUACUAUAUGAAUCAAUGAGCGAGUUAGCACCUAUAUAAGCUACCAAGAGGCUGAUGCUUAUGAAGGGGC